AUGCUUGGGGGCACAGAGCGUCUGCUCUGGCUCCUGCUUCUGUUGCUGCAGCCGCCCCCGAGUGCGUGGGGAUACGGCGACCAGGCGAGGCCGAGGGAGGGGACCGAGGAGGCGGGCUCGGCCAGGGCUUGGCUGGCCUUUCAGGGCCUGCGGGAGCGACUGAGGGCGGCCGGCGCGCUCUCCAGACACUACUGGGCUAGCUUCAGCUGCCGCGUUUGGCCUCAGGACUGUGGGGAGGAUGAGGAGCCGUCGGCGCGGUCCCCGGGCUGGAGCCUUGCCCUGCUGGGCCAGCAGUACCUGGAUAUCUUGAGCACGUGGUCCUGCAGCUUCUGGGGCUGCUGCGACAGAGGGGACUGCAGGAUCAUCAACAACUUCACAGGCCUCGAGGCGGACCUGCGCGUGCGCCUGCACGGCCAGCACCUGGCCCGGGAGCUGGUCCUGACAGCGGUGAGGGGCUACUUAGAGAUGCCCCGGCCGGACAAGGCCCUGGCUCUGUCAUUCCACGGCUGGUCUGGCACAGGCAAGAACUUCGUGGCGCGGAUGCUGGCGGAAAACCUGUACCAGGACGGGCUGAGGAGCAACUGUGUCAAGAUGUUCAUCUCCACGUUGCACUUCCCUCACCUCAAGAAUGUGGACCUAUACAAGGAGAAGCUGACAGACCAGAUCAAGAAGAUGCAGGAGCACUGUCGCCAGACCCUGUUCAUUUUAGACGAGGCUGAGAAGCUGCACCCAGGACUGCUGGAGGCCCUCAGGCCACACCUGGAACGCCAGGCCCCCAGCAACCACAGAGCCGAGUCCAAGAGAACCAUCUUUCUUUUUCUCAGUAACCUUGGGGGCAAUAUCAUCAACGAGGUGGUCCUGAACCUGCUUAAGGCUGGGCAGUCCCGGGAAGAAAUCAGGAUGGAACACUUAGAGUCCCGCCUCCAAGCUGAGAUUGCGGCAUCCACAGACAGUGGCUUUGGGCACAGCCGUCUUGUGAAGGAAAACCUGAUCGACCUCUUCAUCCCCUUCCUGCCACUGGAGUUCCGGCACGUGAGGCUGUGCGCACGCGAUGCUUUCCUGAGCCAGGACCUCCUGUAUACGGAAGAGGCCCUCGACGAAAUUGCUAGGAUGAUGGUGUACAUCCCCAAGGAGGAACAGCUCUUCUCAUCUCAGGGAUGCAAAUCUAUUUCCCAGAGAAUUAGCUAUGUCCUGCCUGAGGGCUAG